AUGCUUCAAUUAAUCUGCGUUCUUUGCGUUCCGAAUGAGGAAGGCACAUACUAUGGCCUCUCUACGCCGCUGGAUAUCAACCACUACUUCAGCAAGGCACCAGAAUCCGCUGCUACCAAUGCCUCCGUUAAGGGAUUGCCGAACCGCCCUGGUCCAGCACCGCAGAUCCCGCGUCGGGGUGGCCCCAUCCAGAAGAGGUCUAUACCUCAUGUGAAGAAAGUGCUAGCCGUAGCGAGCGGAAAAGGCGGGGUGGGAAAGAGCACAGUUGCAGUUAACCUUGCCUUUUCUCUUGCGAUGAGUCAAAAAGCCGGAUCCCCGCGUUUGAGGGUAGGCGUAUUGGACUUGGACAUCUUUGGGCCUUCCAUACCGAAGCUCAUGGGCCUCGAAAGCGCGGAGGAGCCGCACCUCACAAAAGAGGGUGCCAUUGUUCCGCUCAAGAAUCACGGCCUGCCCUGUAUGUCUAUGGGCUUCUUGCUCCCCCGCCCACCAGGUGCAGAAUCGAGCGCAGACACGCCGGUAGUGUGGCGUGGGCUCAUGGUACAAAAGGCUGUACAGCAGCUCCUGUUUGAUGUCGAUUGGAGAGAGCAAGAUGGUGACGCUGGGUUGGAUGUCUUAGUAAUUGAUAUGCCUCCUGGCACAGGAGAUGUUCCUCUAACGUUGGGUCAGCUUGUCAAUGUUGACGGUGCCGUCAUUGUGUCUACACCGCAAGAUGUCGCCCUAACAGACGUUCGAAAGGGUGUAGCGAUGUUUCAGAAAAUAUCUGUUCCUAUUGCUGGUCUACUACUCAAUCAGGCUUAUUUUCUCUGCCCUUCCUGCUCUACGCCACAUAACUUGUUUGGAUCCCCCGACUCGUUCCAUGCGAUCGCCAAACGUCUUGAUAUCGACGUACUUGGCGAGCUCCCUGUCGUGUCCGCGGUAAGUGCUAGCGGUGACCACGGUGUACCAUACGUUUUAGGAAGUGACGGAACAAACGCAAGUGGAGAUAGUGGGAGAGUGUGGAAGGAUGUGAUGAGCGGCGUGGCUCACAAUGUCCGACAGUUUUGGUCAUAA